AUGAAGGCUCCUCGUGCUGCCCUCCUCUGUGCCCUGAUAAUCACGCUCUUCCUCACUGGCCAGGCUCAGGAGAAUUCUAAGGAAGAAAAAGAAUCAGGAGAUGAGUCAACAGAUGUCACCCAGAAAGUGGAACCUACAGAAGAAGAUACGACUGUUAUAAGUAUAGUUGCUGCACUGACCACAGAAGUAGAAUAUGACUAUGGGAAUAAUACCUUCGGUAAUGAGAAGAACACUCAGCUAGAGCUUAUAUUGAUGGUGUUGGUCCCAUUGGUUUUCUUGGCACUCCUACUCAUAUCAGUGGUACUCAUUGCAAUCAACUGUAAAAGAGAAAAAGCUAAACAAGAGCUGCCUUCUAGCCAAGGAUCUCAGAGUGUUUUACAGACAUAUGAACCUGGAGGCGACAACAUGAAACUCCCUAUUUUUGAGGAAGACACGCCCUCUGUUAUGGAAAUAGAGAUGGAAGAGCUUGAUAAAUGGAUGAGCAUGCACAGAAAUGCCGACAGUGAAUGUUUACCUACUUUAAAAGAAGAAAAGGAAUCAAACCACAGCCCAAGUGAUAAUGAAUCCUAA